AUUAGAAACCGGUGAACCGAUUGGAUUAAAAAUCGGACCGGUUCGUUGCAAAUUUUUUUGCCCCUCUCCCCAAUGAAAUGGCACGUUUUUGGCUUUCUGAAAGGGAAAAAAAUGAAACCCUAAAAGCAACCCUCUCCCUGUUCGAGCAGCAGCAGCCCCCAUCCCCCCUAACUCUCUCAGUCUCACUUAAGGAGUAGAGCCUCUGACUCUCACACUCCCAAAAAAGCACCGCCCACCGCCACCGCCACCGCCGGGUUAUUCUGCUUCGUCUCGCGACUCUCGCGUCGACCCCUGUGCAUCUCCUUCCUGGCUCGUCGCCUCCUCUGCGUGACUGCGUCUCGCGUUGUCGUCAUUGUCAUCGUCGUCGCGUCCUCGUCCGGCGUGGCUCACCGUCGCUGCUGCCUUCCCCUUGCCCGUCUCUGCUUCGCCGUGCUUGGUCUCCCUCUUCUCAGUUAUGGACAAUAUUAAUAAUCAAGAAGCACAUGUGUAUAGCAAGCCAUCUUGUAAUAAUUCGGUUGAUAUUUCUCCGGAUUCCAAUAUUGAUAGUCAAUCACAAGCUUCCUCUAAGUUGGCUAUUUCCUUUCCAGAAUAUUCAUCCCUCGUGCAGAGAGAGACGCACACUAGGAUUAAGCUCUGAUAAUCUCAUAGCUGUGUUCAUUCCAGUCUUUGUGGGAUGGCUCUGAGAGGAGUAUGGCAACUUCAGAAGCUCAUUGUUAGCUAUUGCAAUUGGGGCGGAAGCAGUAGAGGUAUAAGGGCUUUUAUGGAGUCGGAAUUGCCUGUGUUUAAGGAGAAGAAUCCUCAAUUAGAGGUUGUUACUGAACUCAUUCGUGGUCAGCAUCCACAUUUGAAGGCUUUUUAUAAGAACAAAAACGAGCGAGUUAUUUGCGUGAAGAACAUGGAUCCAGAAGAUGUACUUCACCAUGCAACGAGGCUAAGGAAUGCAUUGGGAAGAAAGGUGAUCAAACUGAGGACAAGGCAUGUAACCAAGCGCCCUAGUGUGCAAGGUAAAUGGACAACCGCUCUUCGAUUUUAAGAAUAAUAACAAGUCCAGAGUGUAGUGUUCCAAACUUGUUCUUUUCUUUCUGAUGAAUUUACCAAUAUUGUGUAAACCAUAUUUGAGUAUAAGUUCUCAUGCUGUUUGUGGCACAAUUUUUAUUUCCUUCUUCCUUGUUUGCUGCCUCAUGAUGAAGAGCAAAGUCAUGUUCAUAGUUAAUAGUGGCAAUGGCUCGCGUUAUAGAUACAGAUACUGUUCGAGCUGCUAUCUUUUUUUCUUCUUUAUCUAAGAAUAAGAUAGGAUUAAUGAUCAAAAUAGCCUCUGAAAGAUAACUAUCAAUUUGGUUAUCGAAGAAAUUGGUCAGAUAUAACAGUCAGUCUAUGCAAAGACCAAUACGGUGGUAUCAUUUUUUAGGGUUCAAUUUGAGGUGCUUGAUCUUUCCGUGAGAAUCAAGACAAUGCAUGUGUGAUUUUUGAGGGAUUAUUUUAACUAUUAACGAUCCAAAUGCUAUGAAUUAGCGUUCUGUGUCAUCAUGGAAGAAAAAUGGCAUAGGUGCAAUAAUUUAAUUAUGUUUAGUGUCCUGUUUACAAUUGAAUACGAGAUUGUUUCAAAGCAUUGGUAAGAAUAUGCUACACUAAAGAUCUUAGACGAUGCAGAGAAAUCUCUGUUAAUACUAGUGUGUUGUAAACGUAUUAGAAAAAAGAACAAGAAAUGAUAAAGGAAACGUUUUAAAAACUGAAGCAACAUCUAUGCUUAUUUACUUCUAAACCACUCAAAUUGAA